AGUCGAAACCGCGUGUAUUUGGAUGAAAUUAAAAUUUGAGAAAUUGAAAGCGAAGUACUGAUUAGACAAAAUAAAAUAAUGUAGCAGUUAUGGCGGUUUGAAAUUGGAGCAUGCGAUUGUCACCAGUUCCAUGGUUGUCAACCACGUGGAGUUUCCCGCUCCUCUCAGCAAUUCUUCUCACGAUGGCCAAAUUCACAGAACAAGGAACGUGGUGGCAUUCAAUUGCGUCACAAUUUUAGGGUUCAAUUACCUUUUUUUUUUAAUCUCUACUUUUUAAUUUGAUUCCCUUCUAAUCAAUCUUUUAAGCUUCUUUUAACUCCAAGCAAAACCCGGCUAUGGAGUUCAAGCUUUCGCUUGAGUCGUAUUCUUAGAUACGCGAUCUCUUUCGGGGUUAUCAAAUCAUACCAGUUAUUAGUUUCUCGUCCACAUUUCGACGGCUUAUUCUCAGAUUUCUACAGCUACUCCUCUUUUCUUUUUUCCUACUUUUUGUUUUGUUCUUUUUUUUUCUUUUCUGUAUCGGUUCUUUGUUUUGAUUUUGAACUGUGUGGUAUGUUUUUUGAUUUUUUUUUUUCUUUCAACAACAGCUUUGGAUUGUGCUGAUUCCUUUUGUGGUAAUACCCAAUCGGGUUUCGUUGUGUGGUGGAGGUUUUUUUUUAAUUAUUUAUUUAGAAAAAAAAAACAGAAUUGGGAAAAAUUUUCACGACUCAACUGGGCACUAGAAUAUAUACUUUCUGUCUUUUCUUUAUUUUACUUGUGGAAGUAAUGGAUCAAUUUGAGUACCGUUGAUUAUAGAAUCCCUCUUUUUUUUUUCUUCUCUUUCUUUGUUGAAUCAAGGUUUUUCUCUUGUUAGACUAUCAUCAUUAUUAUUAGAUGAAGUCUGUUGAUUCACAAACCAAAUAAAUUGAUAAAACUAACAUAUUUGUUGCUUGCUUAGCGGCUGAAGUUGUGUCAAAUCGGUUUUGAACAAUCUACUGGCUUUGCCUAAACAGAGUAUUGUGUGUUUUUCUUUUAGGAUGAAAAUACAUUAAGCUAACGGAUAUUUAGUGGGUCUGGGUGGAGAUGAAGAUUUCAGCACUUCUGACUUCUGCUGGAAUCAAUAUAGCUGUGUGCUUGAUACUUCUGUCGUUAUACUCCAUAUUGAGAAAACAACCAAGCAAUAUAAGUGUGUACUUCGGGCGGAGGACUGCCACAGGACGCUCAAGACGCAGUGAUCCUUAUUGCUUUGAGAGAUUUAUUCCUUCUCCUAGUUGGGUAUUAAGAGCCUGGGAAAGUACGGAACAAGAUCUUUUGAAUAUUGGUGGGUUGGAUUCUGUGGUUUUCCUCAGGAUUGUGGUUUUCAGCAUUCGAAUGUUUACUAUAGCUGCAGUCACUUGUUGUUUUCUGGUGCUUCCUGUGAAUUAUUAUGGUCAAAAGAGGCAGUACCAACAAAUUCCCUUGGAGUCUUUGGAAGUAUUUACCAUCUUAAAUGUUCAAGAAGCCUCAAAGUGGCUUUGGGUUCACUGUGUUACAUUAUAUAUCAUAACGUUCUCAGCUUGUGUGCUUCUUUACUUUGAGUAUAAAAGCAUUUCUAAAAUGAGGCUCGCUUAUAUUAGUGAAUCUCCACCAAACCCAAGUCAUUUUACAGUUCUAGUUCGUGCUAUUCCUUGGUCUGAUGAAGACUCGUACAGUAAUAGUGUGAAAAGAUUCUUUAUGAAAUAUCAUGCAUCAGGCUAUUUGUUUCACCAAAUGGUAUAUAAAGCUGGUACGAUUCAGAAAUUGAUGAAUGAUGCAGAGAAGAUGUACAUGAUGUUCAAGGAUGUUUCUGUUGAAAAGAGUUGUGCACCUAGUAUAAUCCAUUGUGGUACAUGUGUUGUAGAGCAUUCAAAUUCUUUUAAGAUCCUUUCUUCUGAGGGUACUGUCAAGGGAAAAGCUGACUUUUGUGACAUUGAUUUUCCUGGAAGUAAAAAGGAGUGUGCCACUGCUUUUGUCUUUUUCAAGACUCGCCAUGCUGCUGUUGUUGCUUCACAGGUUCUUCAAUCAUCAAACCCUAUGUUAUGGGUGACAGACAUGGCGCCUGAACCACAUGAUGUUUAUUGGUCAAACCUUUGGAUACCGUAUGGACAACUUUGGAUUCGUAAGAUAGCAACUCUUAUGUCUGCCAUUGCCUUCAUGCUCGUAUUUCUUAUUCCAGUUACGUUUGUUCAAGGCAUGACUCAACUAGAGCAGCUACAACAAACAUUUCCAUUCCUCAAAGGAAUUUUAAAGAAGAAACUCGUAAGCGGGUUGUUUACAGGUUACCUUCCAAGUGUGAUUUUGAUUUUAGCUCUAUAUACAGUUCCACCCGUUAUGAUGUUAUUUUCAGCAGUGGAGGGAACUAUCUCCCGAAGUGGGAGAAAGAAGAGUGCAUGUUGCAAAAUAUUGUACUUCACAAUCUGGAAUGUCUUUUUUGUCAAUGUCUUCACGGGGUCUGUGAUUCGCCAGUUGCGAGUCUUUUCUAGUGUGAAGGACAUACCUGCACAGCUUGCUAUUGCUGUUCCAGCUCAGGCCGGUUUCUUCUUGACAUAUGUUUUGUCAUCUGGUUGGGCAAGUUUGGCAUGUGAAGUCAUGCAACUUUAUCCUCUCCUUUGCAAUUUGAUAAAAAAGUUUAUACUCAGAAUCAAGUCAGACUCAUCAAAUGAUGCCCUGUCUUUUCCAUAUCAUACUGAAAUUCCAAGACUCUUGCUAUUUGGAUUCAUUGGCUUCACCUGUUCCAUCUUGGUUCCCUUAAUAUUGCCCUUCUUGCUGGUUUAUUUUAUAAUGGCAUUCUUUGUCUAUCGCAAUCAGGUUCUGAACGUGUAUGUUUCAAAAUACGAAAGUGGAGGACAGUACUGGCCUAUAGUUCACAACACGACCAUCUUUUCAUUAGUUUUGAUGCAAAUAAUUGCUCUUGGGGUUUUUGGAUUAAGAAAGUCUCCAGUCGCAUCAGGUUUCACCAUUCCUCUGGUUAUUUUCACUAUUCUUUUUAAUGAAUACUGUCGGCAGCGGUUUAAUCCCAUAUUUGUGAACCAUGUUGCAGAGAUUCUUAUUGAUAUGGACCAGCGAGAUGAGCAGUCUGGAGCGAUGGAAGAAAUCCAUCAAAUGUUGCAAUCAGCCUACUGCCAGUUUACAGUAAAUCCUCGUGACCUUUUCAAAUGUGGAUGUUCAAAUCAUCAGGAGGAUGGAGUUCCUGUCCGGGUUCCAGAAAAUGUGAAGCCAGGUUUGAUUCAUCCAAUGCUUGGAAGACUUCCUCUUUUCGGAAUCAAAGAUACAAUUUCAUGGCUGUCUUUGCUUUUCACUUUUCAGGGGAAUCAUCCAGCAGAAUCAGCUAGCCACAAGUGAAAAGAGCUUUUUUAAUAUUUUUUUUCUUGAUAUUUUUGUGUGCAUAGUUACACCUUUGUAAAAACUAUAGUCAUCAAGUUGAGUGAAUAUAUCCUUACAAAAAAAAAAAAAUUGAGUGAAUAUAUAGUGCUUGGAAGAGAAAUUCUUAUGUCAGAUAGCCUUGUAGAGAUAUAUGAUGGCGUAAGGCAUUUUGCUGGCAUAAUGCAACGUGCUAACAAACAACAGUAAAGUUGGAAAAUUACACAAAGGAAGAGUCCACAAAUUUUUUCUGUGAGAUACUCCGUUUAUAUAGUACUUAUACAAAUCUUUUAUUUCACUAAAA